CAUGUCGAAGAGAAAGACAAGGGAGCCCAAGGAGGAUACUGUGACCCUCGGACCAAGCAUACGCGAUGGGGAAUUAGUUUUUGGUGUUGCCCACAUUUUUUCUUCGUUCAAUGAUACAUUUAUACAUGUCACUGAUUUAUCUGGGAGAGAAACUUUGGUCCGUAUUACUGGUGGUAUGAAAGUGAAGGCUGACCGAGAUGAAUCAUCUCCAUACGCAGCUAUGCUUGCAGCCCAGGAUGUGGCUCAGCGAUGCAAGGAACUUGGAAUAACUGCUCUUCACAUUAAGCUUAGGGCUACUGGAGGUAACAAGACAAAAUCUCCAGGUCCAGGUGCCCAAUCUGCUCUUAGAGCCCUUGCUCGCUCUGGCAUGAAAAUUGGUCGCAUAGAAGACGUUACUCCGAUCCCAACUGAUA